AUGAAGUGAGCACUGACAAAAUCUACACAGUAGAACGAAAGGGCAUAUCAUUGAGUCAAGCUACAUGCAUUUAGUAUUCUAUAGAGCAGCAAACGACAUUACAUGUAUUGAUACUAGUACAAUUGGAUGCAUUUUGAGGAUUUAACAUUUCUGCGUGUGUAAUGUGGGUGCAAUUCAGCAACUCGUUCGCCUUGUUCACUAUAAGUAUUGCCAUUAGCUCUUUAGACGUAUUGGAAACCGGUAGACAGGAUGGCACAUUCAAUGAUGUCAAGCUACAUAAUAUCGAAGCCACCAGGUUACAAGGAAGUAAAAUCCGAUGGAGACAGCAUGACUCCACCUGCCUCUCCUACCACGGAUCCAACCGACUCUCUGAAGAACGGCCAUAACGGAAACCAAUCAUCAGCAAAGGACGACGUCGACGGCGGUGGCGAGAACGACGACGAGAGGAAGGUACCGCGUGCCGAACGCGGUGACGUCGGCAUCGUGAAUGGGAUAUUAAAUGAUGGCAAGGAAGACAAGAUCAACAACCAGUUGAUCCUCCCGGUGGAUGAUGUCGUAACCGACGGGGCGGGGGAGAAGAACUCGCUACCGGUGGAGCGAAAGAAGGGCGUGGUCGAGAAAGGGGUGCAAGAAAGGAAGGGUGUGGUCACGAAGGACGUGAUGGAUGGUGGAGCUCAGUGUAACAAAGGUGGCGUGGAAGAGAAUGGGGCACCACCCGUCGAGUCCCAGGGACACCUGGAUCAAAGAAAAGAGAAGGCGAUGACCACCACGCACCGAGAUGUCAGCGAGGAGAACGUAUACGGGCUCAUCGACGUCAUCGAAGAAGAUAUGAUGUCGAUAACGAUUGAAGUAGGCGGGGCCACUGAUCGACUGGUAGAAAAUGUGAAGACUUUUCUUCCUCACGUGUUGUACAUGCUCAAUGAAGUGACCACACUUCGGGGCACGGUGAAUGACUUCAUCCUCGAGAAGAGAAGCCUUCAGAAGGAGGUCCGUCAGUUGAAGAAAGAGAUUGGAGAAAGGGAUGCCAAAGAUGCUACUUUUUGCUCCCCUUCUCCAGGAUAUGUAAAACUCGUUUCAAGCGUCAAUCCGAUUCUGGAUGGCAAAGGUACAGAUGGCACCGUGACGACCGAUCCGACUCAGAAGCAAGCUUCCGGUGAGGAUGAUCGGAUGAAGAAAGAACUGAAAAAACUUCGGAGCCAAAAUAAAGAGCUUCAGCGCGUGAACCAUUCCUGGGAGAAGUACGGCCAGAAUCUAUCCGCCAAGCACCAGAUCGAACUGAAGAAGAAAACUGCCCAACUGGCUGCUUCGGACGAACGUCGUAAGGAUCUCGAGAAACGAUUGGAUGAGAAGUUCAAAGAAUACGACCAGACACUUAUGCAUGCCAGGCACUCUGAAGGACAACAAAAGGCUGCUGCUGAGCAGUACAAGAAAGACCGGGAUGCCCUCGGAAAGAAAUAUGGCGACUUGACAACCAAACUGCGUGAAUGGAUCAAGGAGAAAGAGGAUAAAGAUAAUGAAAUCAAGCGACUCAACAAGGUUGUGGAACGACAGGCCGCACAGAAACCAAUCUACGCCAAUGCGUAUGCCGAAGAAGAAUUGGGAUGCACUGGUCACACCAAAGCCGCCAGGAAGUUUCCCCGGGAGGUGGUAAACGUUACGGCCGCUACCCUCUACCCGAAUCUGGAUGACGAUGUGGUGGUGGUGAUCGGGAAGGAAAAACAGGUGAGAGAGUCGACGUCACCGCGUCCGAGAUCGCCCCGCUCACCGCCCCGGUCACCCCCGGCAGAACCCCAACGCAACCCCAUGACUUUAGGAAAGGAGGAACUCAAGGGCCAGAUGGAACUCUAUCGUCAACAGAUUGAUAUUUUCCGGACUGAUUUCAUCCAAGAAAGGCGUGAUCGAGAGAAGGCAGCCGGACAGGUCGAUACGUUGAAGAAGGAGCUGGAGAAAACCAAGAAGAAACUGGAAGAAAUGCAAAAGAACCGAUUGGAACAUGAUUUGUACGGACUCGGUCAAGACUUCGUGCCGAGAAGGCCACGUGAGGAAACACAGAAGGUGCGAGGCGGAAGAAACUUAGGCUAUGGGAGACAGUAUGCCUACCAGCAGCAAUACGUGGAUCUAGAAGACAACCACGUGUACUCUGUGAUCGAUAACUAGCGAGUGAAAAAACCGCGAAGCAGAGUCUCCAACUCCGUCAACGUGGUCAUCGACCACUCUUUCCCUUUCGAGUACGCACACGGCCAGGGAUAUGGGGGCGACCAUGCAGCGGGCCCGGAAAGUUCCCGAGCCACUCUCUGUCUCCUAUUGGAAGAGGGCUUUGUAGAAACCCUCAUUACGGCACUGUCGCCGUUGGCCUUGUGUAGUUUAUGUUCCAACUUACGUGGUGUUCGUAGAUACGAACCAAAUGAGUUGCGCCAAACGUACGAUUUUCGACGAUGUUUCAAGGCAGAACGCCAUUGUUCACUUAAUACGAUAUUAAUGACCUUACGAGAAUUCCGAUAUAGUAUAUUUAAACAUACGUUGUUAUGACAUAAACACACAAAUAACAUCCCCAUUAUAUCCUAAGUCAUUCUAUCAAUGCUUAUAUCAAUGUUGUAUAGUAACAUAAAUCCCAGUAAGAAAACUCGGAAUAUUUAUCAUAAAAGUUAUUUAACAUAACUCUUGUUUAACGAGAAAGUAAACGCUAUAUUGAACGCGUGACGUGAUAUUACUAUAUUUUUAUUUACAGAACAUUUAUGUACCUUCAUAACUUUAGUUUAAUUUCAUCAUUAUUGAGAUAUUUAACGAUAGUAUUAUGAUAUAAAUUUAUAUUUUCUUGUGGAUUCUCUUGACCUAUAUCUUGGCUGUAGAAUGUCAUUAAUAGGAAUGCCCCUUUCUUUCAAAACGAAGAAAUCCAAAGUAUAUUGAAGAUGAUACCCAAAUGUUAUACAUAUUAUUAAAAGGUGUUUGGAUAUUCAAUAAAACAUAUAUAUUCAUUAAACAAACAAACAAACAAACAUAAGUUAUACAUAAUAUAUUAAGAAGGUGUUCGGAUCUUUAGUUUUGUCGGGAUAAUCAUUGGCCUUCGGGCAAUGAUCUUUUAAUACUUAAUAUUUGGCGCAGCUUAAUAUAGCCUUUCCGAAAAAUACACGAAUGAAAUCUGUUUUUAUGAAUAUUAUAUUUAGAGAUUUUGAUUUAUUUCCAGAGAUUUCUGGGGAAUUGCAUCGCGUUUUAAUAUUUUGAUGGCCAAGAAUGUCAUAUUUAUGAACACGCUUCGCGAUGGUCAUAGUAAUACCACAUUCUUGGCAAUCAAAAAUAUGUUUGUAUUCCUUCAACUGCAGGACUUAUUGUUCUCGGUACCAUCCUCAUCUCAUUGUUUUUUUUAUUUAGUAUAUACCUAUAUUUGGUUUAUUGAUGUUUUUUUUUAAUUGUUGCUAUUGUUCAUCGUUUAUUAGAAAUGCGAAGAUGAUGAGGAUGGUAUUAUUCAAAAGUGUACUGCCACUUUUACCACUUUUACCACUUGUACAACUCCUCCUCCAACUUCUUCUUCUUCUUUUUAUUCUUUUU